AUGAACCACUCCGGAGAACUGCGCAGAGAAAGUGCCACCAGCAUCGGCUCCUACUCGGAUCUCGACUCCCUGCUCUCCGACCUCUCGCUGCACCUACCGCCCAACCCCUCCCCCCAGCGCUCCCCCGGUCAGGAACCCAACCAGCGUUCGCCCAGCCAGGAGCCCAGCCAAGAUCCAUCGGCGCCCCGGACCAGAGGCAACCGCGCCUCCCUGGACGUGCCCAGACCCCAGCGCCGCAGCACGUCCCGGGGCGGCGCUCCCUCUCCUGGCGACGUGUCGUCCCCAUCCUCGGGUGGCUACCCCUCGACGGGGUACUCCCCGAGGUCGGCGACGCCUUCGGACCGCCGGCGUUCCAGUCCCUCCGUCUUCAGUCCGAACCACGACGCGUUUUCUGGGUCGGAGGCGCGCGCAAAACGAUUGUCGAACGCGUCCUCAGCCAAUCGCGGUUCGCGGGGAUCGUCGAGCAGCGCACGUCCAAGCGGGCUCGCUCGGCGCAAGGCAUCGCGCGGGACCGUGUACAUCUUGAACAAGCGCCGCAACCGGCGUCGUUCGAGCAUGUGGGCGAGUAUCCGAUCGCCCGGAGACACGGGCUCGAGCUCACGGGUUGCUGGCAUUCCGUCCUUCGUGGGUGUCGGUCGUCGAGUCAGCGCAGACACUAGCGGCUCUGACCGUGCCCCGACCUUGGCCGACCGUCUCGCCCAACAAGUAGACGUUGGCACCAGCUUCCAAAUGAUCGGCGGCACUCCCACCCCUGUUGGCGCCAGCCCCGGCGUGUCGCCCGGUCGUCGCCGUUCCUCGCUUGCCUCGAACGUUACUGCCCGAUCCGCGAGCACUGGCGCCGUCUACGUGGAGUACUUCACCAACCGCAGUUUGGACACACAUCCCUUCCAACGAGGCAUCGACCGCUGGGUUGCCGAACAACGGAAACAACCACUCGACCAGUCCCCCGUCCUACCCGUCCGAGCCGCAUUCAUCCACCAGGGCUCCCUCAACCCCGAAGGAGCAUUUCACCUCUACCGUACACAUCUCAUCACGUCCGACAGUGGACUCUCGCGCGUACCCACCGCAGAAGGCACCAACGACAGCUAA